UAAGGAUUUUUCCAAAUUAAUUUAAAAUAAAUUAUCCACGGAGAGAGCUUGAGUCGAGGAGAGCAAAGGUUGAGCAUAAAUGGCUGUUCAACUCUCCGGCAACUGGCUACCUAACUUUCCCAAAGUCCCUGGCAAUUUUUCUCAGACCCGAACCAAACCAAAGCACUCAUUCUCUACACUUAUAGCUCGCUCAGCAACAGCUUCACUUUCGUCUACACCUCCUACUAUCCAGAUUGUUGGUGGGAAAAGUCCUAGUUUUUAUAUACAUGAAAGUUCCAAUUCACAUGGCUCCCGAGUUGAAGAUGACUGGGUUGAUCUUGAGACAGAUCUUUAUCACUGGACUAAGACUCUUCGACCUGUUCAGUGGUAUCCUGGUCAUAUUGCAAAAACGGAAAAAGAACUUAAAGAACAACUCAAGUUGAUGGAUGUUGUGAUUGAGGUGAGAGAUGGCAGAAUUCCCAUGUCCACAAGUCAUCCACAGAUGGAUGCAUGGCUUGGUAAUAAAAAAAGAAUUCUGGUGUUGAAUAGAGAAGAUAUGAUAUCUACAGCAGACCGGAAUGCUUGGGCAGAUUAUUAUGCAAGGCAGGGAACUAAAGUUGUCUUUGCGAAUGGCCAACAUGGAAUGGGAGCCAUGAAGCUAGGCCGGUUGGCCAAGGCAUUAGCUGCAGGUGUAAAUGUCAAACGUAGAGCCAAAGGACUGCUUCCUCGUCCAGUUCGAGCUGGAAUAGUUGGGUAUCCAAAUGUGGGGAAGUCUUCUUUGAUCAACCGAUUGUUGAAGCGACGGAUGUGUCCGGCAGCUCCAAGACCUGGUGUUACAAGAGUAUUGAAGUGGGUUCGUUUUGGGAAUGAUCUUGAAUUGUUAGACUCUCCUGGUAUAAUUCCAAUGAGGAUUAGUGAUCAGUCUUCUGCAAUAAAGCUUGCCAUAUGUGAUGACAUUGGAGAAAGAUCCUAUAAUUUUCCUGAUGUUGCUGCAAUUCUUGUACAGAUGCUGACAAAGCUUCCAUCCGUAGGUAUAGAAGUUCUUCAGAACCGAUACAAGAUCGAUGCGGAUGGCCACUGUGGUAGAAGAUUUGUUCACAAGCUUGCGAAUCACUUGUUUAAUGGCGACGAUAACCAAGCAGCAUUUCGUAUCUUGUCAGAUUUUCGGAAAGGCAGGUUCGGUUGGAUUGCAUUAGAAAGACCCCCAAAGUAAUACCACCAUUUAAAUUAGUGGUAGAUUAAAGGACUUGUCAGGCUUCAAAGCAGAAUAUGUUCUUAGGGAACUGAAGGGAUGCUAUGCUGACUACUGAGAGAGGUAUAGUUUCAAGUCCAUUUGGAUUCUGAAGUUUCUAAUUCAUUUCAGCAUUGAUGAAAGGAAACAAGGCUGUUUGAUGGAAGAAAGGGUUCACUCAAUUCAUCAGGCUGGUUGGAAAUGGAAACUGACUUUGGAGAUGUAUACAGCUUGUAUAUAGCUAAGAUAGUCUUUUUCAAGUUCUUAGCGGGUCCAGUGAUGAUACAAUACAACCAAGUACAAUAAAAAACAUAAAGAGGGCUUGCUCAGUUUGUAUUUUAAUUAGAAAAUUUUACAUGAAAAAAAAAACAAUUUUUAUUACCCUUUUACCUCUACAAGGGUCGGAUAACUUUUGUACCACUUUUUUUUGUUUUAUAUUAAAAAUAUCACUUACACACGUAAGAACAUCUCCAAUGGUUAAAUUUUAGAAGAUGUUUACU